UCACGAUGAUGCGUUGCGACAUGCACCUGCACGUCGACGAGCCUCGGUUUUCGAAUUUCUGAUGCAAAGGGUGAUUGCCGGCUGACACAUCACUGAGAGAACGCCUGAGAGAGUCUGACCUCUAGAUUAAAUCAACGGUAAUCGACUUUUGACUGACCCCCGGGUUAUAUAUUCCUAUCGCAUCAAUAUAUUAUAAUUUUCAUCAUCGAUUAUUGGAGCACGAUGACAAACAAUUAAAAUAGCCCCGUUAUAACAAUUAUAUCAUAAGCGAAGUAAACGCUUAGUAGUAUAAUUAUAGGUAAUACUAAUAUUUUAAGGAUAAUUAAAAAUUUUAUCAAAAGCGAAAUGGACGCUUAAUAAUAUAACCAAAGGUAUAGCCAAUUGUAUAGCUAUAAGUAGUAUAAAUUAAAAUUAAGAUUUUUUCACGCUAUUCCGGGACGUUGGGAGGUGCUGCCACCGCGUGAGCGUUCGCGGCAACCGGUGGGCCUCGUACGGCGUACGCGGAGUUCAAUCGGGUGAGUCGUCGACUUAACGACGUCAUUCGGGCCGACGACGACGUUGUUUGGGUGACGUGUGUGUCGGGGACGCGCGUAAGCCAGCGAGCGAGGCCGAGCGGUGCCUCAAAACGGGCCGUGAUAGAAAAUCGUGUUCAGUAGCGGGCCGCGCUUCGCGCCGGUUAGAUCGUUGGCGAUUGCGUCCGACUGCACGCGGACGCGAGCGAGCGAAUUUGACGUUUCUUCAUUUGUUCGGCCUUUUAGACUCGAGACGCGCGAGAUGCACUCUCAUUGUUUCCCCGCGGGACACUGACGAACGAUUGAUCGCUACCGCAUCGGUGACGACUCGCUGUGCAACAUGUCGAUGAAGAAGGAAUCGCCUUGGGAUGUGGAGCUGCAUCUGGCAGCGGCACGUGGGGACGCCAAGCGUCUCCGUAUUUUAUUGGAUUCCGGACGCGUCCAUGUUGAUUGUAAGGAUAAGGAUGGCACGACACCGUUGAUAUUAGCCGCCGCCGGUGGCCACAUCGACGGCGUGACCGAGCUGCUGCAUCAAGGGGCGGAUCCCAAUGCCAAAAGGCUGACCGGGACGACGGCACUGUUCUUCGCUGCCCAGGGCGGCUACAUGGACAUCGCGGGUCUGCUCCUGGAGCACGGCGCGAUCGUGGAUUCGUGCAGCAUAGACGGCGGCACGCCGCUCUUCGUCGCAUGCCAGUACGGUCACCUGGACGUCGUGGAGGGCCUGAUAGAGAGAGGCGCCAGUCCGAACGCUCACAUGAAGGACGGCGCCACGGCGUUGUUCAUCGCCGCGCAGAACGGCCACCUCCGCAUCCUGGAGGUCCUUCUGGAUCACGGGGCGAAGACGGACGCGGCGAGGACGGACGGCGCCACGCCGCUGUGGAUCGCGUCGCAGAUGGGACACGAUCACGCCGUCAGGAGGCUGCUGAGAGCCGGUGCGAAGGUCGACGCCACUAGACACGAUGGCGCGACUCCGCUUUUCAAAGCCGCCCACAAGGGUCACACCGCCGUCAUCGGCGAGUUGCUCAAGUAUCGUCCUUCGCUCGGCGUGCUUCCGAACGGCGAAAGUGCACUGCAUGCCGCAGCCUUGACGGGACACAUGACGGUCGCGAGGCAGCUCGUGGGAGCGGGCGCUGAUCCUUUGCUCGUAAAUCAGGAGGGUAUCACGCCGCUUCAGCUGGCCAUGAGGCACUCGCAGACACAAGUCGCCAAUUACCUUAAGGAUAAAGUGAGAAUGCGAACCGCGUCCUGUUAGCGAUACUUCCUUCACUCUAACAGCAUAUCGAGAAUCUCUAGAUCGUGCGCGUUCCGAUUCAAGGAGCGCGAUACUUCUAAGCAGGACGCAGCGUGUACGAAGGAUGUAGUCUAGCUUUAGCGCCAAUAAGAAUCUUGUCACUAGAAAGAAUAUAAAGAAACGUUAAGUCAUGAUGUUACAUGUUUGUAAUUUUAUUAUUUUAUUAUUGCAAAAGAAUUAUUAAAGUGCGCGUACUAUUUGUUGAUCUCUUAUUACCUGAUAAAACUCUUAUCGGCACUGGAAAUUGGCCGGGCUAUUUUUUUCGCACGCUUGCCACGACGUCAGUGAACGCUUCAAGCGCGCAAAAGACGUGACGGUGAAAGAGAAUGUGUUAAUUUCCGUAGCGAUGCGAACGAAUAUUCCGAUUAAAUCGCUAGAGACUGUAAACAGAAAUCCGUCUUUGCGAGAGUGAUCAAAUUUGUAUUGAUCGUGCUCUUUUUUUCCCCUCCGAAGUCUUCGAAGCUUCCUGCUUUCGAGUACGAAGGAUAACGAAAAGCGCGAUUGAGGCAAACGAAGAUCCAUUGUUACGUAGUGUACAUAAUAAUCACUAUAGCAUUCCGUUCCGUUAGAAAUCCCAACGAAAGUAUUUUAAUACAAUUUUCUAACUGUAAGUGUACAGGCGCGUGCAAUGAAAAUCAACAUUAUCGACGUUAGAAAAUGAUGGAUCUAUUUCUUUUCUUUUUGUGUCUUACUGCGACACUGCAGGAGUGAUAUUACGUAGAGAUUUGACAAAUUUCACUUUAUUAGGAGCGAUCUUGCGUAGGGAAAAUUUAUCAGUAGUCCGUCUGUGUGGUGUAAUUGUCAAACAAUUACUUAUCGAUUGGUUCGUCGAAACUGACAAGUUUACAAGACUGACUUGCCUUGAAAUAUAAUAUAUAUAUAUAUAUAUAUAUAUAUAUAUUCUUCAUUGUUCUAUUGCGUAAGGGACAGAUCUAUCUAUUCUACGUAAGAGAUGUGCGAGAGACGAUAAGGCUGUAGUCGGUUUUGCAACGCUUUUAUUAACAUUUACGUUGAAAGUUACAAUUAACGGAAAUAAGUUACGUUUUACUGGAAUAGGAAUAUCGGUGCGCCGAUAUGAAUGUUCCGCGAAACGCGCAGUGUCGCGUACGCAAUAAGUCUCGGUAAUCGAAAACGAAACGUAUAUGAACUCCUCCGUCGCGGAAGUCAGAUUACGGUGAUACUUAGAAAACUUUUUACUUCGGUACGAUAUUCAACUAUUUUACGAUAAUUUUAGCACCACGCGUAGCGAAGUAAUAAGUACUCGUGCCGUCUUCCUAACACGCAGCACCGGAUUUAUCGGUAGUAUAAUCUAUUGUUAUUGUUAACAGAGAGGUGCGAAAAGUUAAUAAAGAACUUUACAAAGAG